AUGGACAGCCCCCUCGUCUCCCCCGCAAAGGCCCGCCAGGCAGCUAUCCAGGCCAAAGACUGGGCCUAUGUGAACUCCUGGCUGGGUCGGCAAUAUGCGCCCAAUCCGAUUCCUAACUUUGAGCGGAAUGAUGAUACCCUACGCACUCUACUGGCCCUAGCUGCCGCCAACGAUGCUGCGGACGAGGAAGCCACGGUGCUCCAUCAAGCGCGCGAGGAAGCGGUCCGGCAGUUCAAGGCCGGAGAAGAGAUGGAAGAGAAACAGAAGACGGAGAUCUUGGAUGAGGUGGAGAUGAGUCUUGAUGAUAAUGGCACGCGGAGUCUGGAGGAUUUGGCACAGACGACUGCGGUGCUUGGGGCCCUCAGCUCAGAAACGAGAGACCUUGGCCAGUCAAUUAUCGAACUCACGAAGGAAGAAUUCGGCGUCCAGGAGCAGCUGUCUAAGGUUCAGACGCUACACAGCUACCUAGAAACCGAGCUGGCGACGCUCCGAGAGCAGCUUAUGGAUCUUAAAACGAACGAGGCGUUUGAGACACCCGCCAACCUCCCGGCACAAACAGCUGAAUGGACGAGAGGUACCAAAUUGCUCAACGCCAAGGUUGGCGAGUACCAGGAUAAGAUUGCCUCCCUGCAAAGGAACCAGAGCAAGGGGCCUACGCUUGAGGAAGUCAUUGCAGAAGAGGAGAGCGUCACAAAAAUGCUGGAAGCCGUCAAGACAUUACAGACUAGGGUUGCAAUGUUUCAUGACCUCCCGAAGGACAUACCCGGAGCCAGGUCCAGGUACAAGGAACUAGAACGGGAGCUUGACGAACUCACCCUGCAACGGGAUGGCAUGUUCGAGAAGCUAGUGGACAGGUAA